AGUUUACGUGUAUUGUGUUGACGUGGCAGGUUCCGGGUUACACAAAUAUGUUAAGAACACUAUUUGUUUCGCUCGCGGUAUCGGCGGUGUUUGCCGGCGUUCCUAGUCCAGAGGAAACGAAGAGAUUAGUUGACCACUUUUCUGAUGCUGAACAUUUUAAAAACGAACAUCACAACAAACAAUUCGAUCAUGACGCCUUUCUGGGUGAAGAUCAGGCUAAAACAUUUGAUCAGCUUUCUCCAGAAGAGAGUAAGAGACGACUGGGAAUUAUAGUGGAUAAAAUUGACUCCGACAAAGAUGGUUUUGUAACACUAGUGGAGUUGAAAGAUUGGAUUAGGUAUACCCAGAAACGCUACAUUGAUGAAGAUGUGGAGAGACAUUGGAGACAACAUAAUCCUCAGAAUGAAGACAGUAUUCCCUGGGAGACAUACAGAAAAAAUGUCUAUGGAUUUAUGGAUGAAAUGGACCCCAAGGAACUCAAAACUCCUAAUAGUGAAGGCUUCACAUAUUCCAGCUUGUUGAAGAGAGACAGAAGGAGGUGGCAUUAUGCAGAUGCCGAUAAGGAUGAUGCGUUGAAUCGCACCGAGUUUGCUGCAUUUUUGCAUCCAGAGGAAAACACUGGUAUGAGGGACAUUGUUGUUCUUGAGACAUUGGAGGAUGUUGAUAAAGAUAAUGAUGGUAAAGUGUCUAUCGAUGAGUACAUCGGUGAUUUGUACAAGACUGAAGAUGGUGAAGAUGAAGAGGAACCUGACUGGGUGAAGCAGGAGAGAGAACAGUUCACUGGCUACAGGGACACCAACAAGGACGGUUACAUGGACGCGGACGAAGUGAAGGAAUGGAUAGCGCCGCCCGAGUUCGACCACGCCGAAGCUGAGGCGAGGCAUCUAGUGUUCGAAGCGGACGCGGAUGCAGACGAAAGACUCACGAAGCAGGAGAUAGUCGACAAAUAUGAUUUAUUCGUUGGCUCCCAAGCCACAGACUUUGGGGAAGCGUUUGCGAGACACGACGAGUUCUAGAUUUGUGUCUCUCAAUUAGUUAAUCUGCAGAGUGCCAACUGAUUUCGUAUCGAGCAGAAACGUCAAAUUUUUGUAUUGGGAUUAUCGAUUGCGGAGUUGUCUAGCGAUUCGCAAGUAUCAAUACAAAAAUUUUACAUUCGUUUGAUAAGAUUCGUACUCGAUUAUUUUUUUGCUUAAAACUUGACCUCUUUCGAUCACAGGAUAUAAUGAAUGUCGGUGCGGUGGUCGUUCGGAUUCCUAUAUAUAUUUAUAUGUAACUGUGGUUAUUUAUUUUUUAUUAUUUUGGCGUUGAUGGAAUUGCCCCUUUAAGAAAUUUACAAUUUUAUUUAUCAAAGGAUCUGAAUAUCAAUUCAUCGCGCAAUAAUAAUCAAAUAAUAAACAGUAACCUUAUUUACGUAUGUAAACAAUAUCGUGGAAAUAAGUUUACAGACUAUGAAACGCAGUUUACAGACUAUAUAGCCUGAUUUGGCGAUCUGCAAUGUAUGCGUUAUCUCUUUUAGCUAGAUACGCAGUGCGGUCUUAGCCUUAUUGUAUGUACAAAAAUACCUUUGCUUUGCACGUUUCUGUGCUUUUUUAGAUAUACAUACCUAUAAUAUUCGCUCUCAUAUAUACCAAAAUUGUAAUGAGACAACGCUUUUGCUACUACAGAUAUGAUAUGUUGAUAAGAAUUUAAAUAAAAUAGUAACACUAUAACUCCCUACCCAUUGACGUUUUCUAUGAACGAUGUUGUAUAAUACUGUCUGUUUCUAUCUAUGACAGCUAUCACUAAGUGUUCGCGCGGCACCAAGUGGCUAUAAUAUAAAACAGCUUAAUGGCUCAUUUACGACCACGGGUCAUUGUUCUAUCGACCAAUCAAAAUGAACCACAAAAUCUGUAUUACCCUGUAUGUGGAAAAUUAGGAAUUUAUACGAGCUAUCAUACAAUUUGUAAUGAUGAGUCUCUAUAGUAAAAAUAUCUAUAGCCUUUCAUUUACUAACCACAAGAGAAAUAUAAUGGUGCAGUACUGUUUGCGAAAUAUAUUGUUUUCCAAUAACGUUUAGAUAUUUUUUUUAUAAAUGCUUUAUGUAAUAUUAAUAUAUCAGCUAUUCCUAUAUUUUUUUUUGUAAUCUCGUUAACAUGGAUUUAAUUUUAAUUAAGGAUUAAUGUUAAAUUUAAGAAUUAGGUUGCUAUUUUGCCAUUAUAGAUAAUACCUACAAACGAUGAGUUUGAUACUUUUUUAAUUUUCUCUUUAAUUUAGUAGUUGCUAGUAAUGUUAAUAUUUCAAAUACCAAAGCUAUUUUUCCAGUAUUUAAAAUUAUAUUCCAUAUCUAGAUAUAUAAGAUUUAUUCCAUUUAAUAAAUAUUUGAAAAAAUUUCAAUUAAUUAUACCUUUAUUUUAUACAAAAAACAUAUAUUUUAAUAGUUUGUAUUUCAAUGUUACACGAAUAACGUAAGUACUUACUUAGUUUUAAUAACUAAUCGUACAUACAGAAAAACAUAAUAUACUCUAGAACAACUAACAUUUUUAUUUUCGUUGAAUUAUUAAAUAUAUUAUAAAAUUU